UAUGAUACAUGUGUCAAAGUGUUUGGUUACUAUAUUGAAAGCGUAGUAUGUUAACAGUGUUUUAACGCACGUCAUAUAUAUAUAUAAUAUAAAGAAUAAUUUAUUUAAUUUGCAAUGGUAUUAAAGUAUAUGAAAAUUUAUAAAAUUAGAACGUUAUUAUUCAUUUAAAAAUUAUUUUUGUUAGAUCACAAAUUUCAUUAGAUAGAAAGACAACAACAGUGCUGCGAAUCGAGACCUGGAGUUGGAUUUUUUUUUUCUGAUAUAACAACAUGGCGGCGAAUCUAGAGGAAGAGCAAAGUUUACGUGAGUGCGAGGAUUAUGUGCAGAGACAUAAUAUUCAGCAGGUUCUGAAAGAUUGUAUUGUACAAUUAUGCGUCGGCAAGCCUGAAAAUCCAAUUUCAUUUUUACGGGAAUAUUUUCAAAGACUCGAAAGGGAACAAGCUCACGAUGCAAAGCAGCAAAUUGCCACGAGUCCAGAAGACACAGAGGAUAUGCCGGCGGGUCAACAAGGUCCUCAGGUACCAAGAAGAAGAGGAGGAAUUUCCGCUGAACCAGUUUCUGAAGAGGAUGCCACGAGCUAUGUGAAAAAAGUAGUGCCUAAAGAUUAUAAAACCAUGAAUGCUUUAAGCAAGGCAAUAGCAAAAAAUGUAUUAUUCGCUCAUCUCGAUGAAAAAGAACGUUCCGAUAUUUUCGAUGCAAUGUUUCCUGUUUUAUUCUCACCAAAAGAAACAAUUAUUCGUCAAGGAGAUGAAGGCGACAAUUUCUAUGUAAUAGAUCAAGGUGAAGUGGAAGUUUUCGUGAAUGGCGAAUUGGUAACGACUAUUGGUGAGGGCGGAAGUUUUGGUGAAUUGGCUCUGAUUUAUGGAACACCAAGAGCAGCGACUGUUAGAGCAAAAACUGAUGUUAAACUUUGGGGAAUCGAUAGGGAUUCGUAUCGUAGAAUUCUAAUGGGCUCGACAAUUAGAAAACGGAAAUUGUACGAAGAAUUUCUCUCAAGAGUUUCCAUUUUAGAAUCUCUUGACAAGUGGGAAAGAUUAACAGUAGCGGAUGCUUUGGAGCCAGUAACAUUUGAAGAUGGAGAAACGAUAGUACGGCAAGGUGAACCCGGUGAGGAUUUUUACAUCAUUGUAGAUGGUACGGCUGUGGUUCUUCAACAGCGUUCAGAAGGUGAAGAAUCUGCUGAAGUUGGUCGACUAGGACCCUCAGAUUAUUUCGGCGAAAUAGCAUUAUUGCUAGACAGGCCAAGAGCGGCGACAGUCGUUGCCCGAGGACCUUUAAAAUGCGUUAAAUUGGACAGAGCACGAUUCGAAAGGGUUUUGGGUCCUUGUGCGGAUAUUUUAAAACGCAACAUCACUCAGUACAACAGCUUCGUAUCACUUUCUGUAUAAUCAAUUCUCACAGCCACUCCUCUACAGGAACUAUAUUUCACUAUAUUGUUAUAAUUUUUUAUUUAAUAUUUUAAUAAUUAUUGUAUUACGUUAGCUAUUAAUAUAUA